UGGUCGCCUUCCUCGUCUUUUGUACCCCGUUCUCUUCCGUAUAGGGGUUGCUCGUCGUUUGUCUGUCACUCGUUUCAAGCUUAACCAUUUCCACACGUAUGUGCCUGCCCACAGAGAGAGGUUGCACGGUGAUGGAUGUCGGCGGCGUUCCACUGGCGGGGUUCCAGGGCUGGCAUGUCUAGGUCUACAGCGAAACCUGCGUUUGUUGAGCACUUCUUCGUCUGUCGUGUCGGAUGUUUUGCAAAUGCUGCAAGGAAGAUCCAGACGCACGUUACGUCCGCAGAGAGGUCCUUUUGUUUCAAGGAAAGAGUAGUAUGGACUCUGAGUGGGAACUCAGGUUCAGGGUUCUCACAGGCCACGGUGGUUUGCCGUGUCUCGGUGAAACAGAGCUAAAAAGCGAGUAGUACCAUCGUUCAAAAUGAUUGGACGGACAGACUCUCUGUCGGCGCCGAACGGAUCGCCUUCUCAUCGAGGGUCGUGUUUCUCUUCAGUUUGCGGGUGGAUGUGUAAAUCGGAAGGGUGGCUCCGAGCCACCAUCGGCCUACAGGCUCUCGUGGCGACAGCUCGACUCCUCACUCCGCGGCCGCUGGUGUCAGUUGCGAAUUUCUUCCUCGUCUUUCUCGGUUUCAACAUCACUGCGACUCCCGCCGUUAUCCGUCUCUUCUUUCUGUCUUUCUUCGCUCUCAUUCUGGGCCUCUCUGACGUUUUCUGGCUGGUCAUGAAGUUCACUGGACCUUUCGGUAGCGCCUGGCUCGAUCCCAGGUACUACUGGCGGCCGAUCUAUCCUUCCGUUUACGACCGCGCGUACCUAGUUCCCAACCCUCCCUAUGUUGACAAUCCUCCACAGUCGACACUUCCUGCAGGAGAAACGAAACCCGGCCCUCCGCCUCUCCCUCGCAUGUACCCGCCAGAACGGGCGCCUGCUGUGUGGCAAAUCUACAUCGAACUUGUCUGCUUCUGUGUGAGUCCUCUGGUCUGCUUCCUCACCGCAUGGCUUGCCUGGCGGAUCUAUAAACGUAAUCUGCUUGAGCUUCAAGCAAGCGAAGUGGGAUUCUUUUUGCCAUCUGGAGAGCCUGAGUACGGAGCCACGGGGAAUGCAGCGUCGCCUCCAGGCUUCUACUCGCCUGACCCCUCUCGGGCUGUGGGAGAAAGUCAGCCUCUGCUGCAGCCUUCUCGGGGUGCCAACGCGUUCGUACCUUUUGCAGGGGAAGGCAUGCGUUUGGGGGGCGACGACGCGGGACGGGGCCACAAGGACGGAGACAACAGAGAAGAAGCUGGAUUUGCAAGAGAAACUUGCGACGAUAAGAUAUGA